AUGGCAGCGAAAAAACUUAGUGAAGACUAUGCCAACUAUUUUUUGAAGAAUAAUGUUGCUAAAGAAGUCGCACCAAUGAUAUCAACAGUCGAAAAUAUUCACGCAAGAUCAAGUGAAAUUGAAAGCAUAUUUCUUCCAACCAUUCAACAUGAUACUAUUGUGCUCAAAGAUAACAUCAAUCAAAUUUUACAAUGCAAAGAAGAGUUUGAACAUAUUUUUUCACAAAUCGAUAAUCUUGAACUUCUCGUGACCAGAGUGAAGGUUGAUUUACAAAAGUUAGAGACACAAAUCGAAGUUGCUGAAGAAGAACUUGAUAUUCCUGAAAAGAAAAUGGAUAUAUUCUUAAAAUCGAUCAAUAUUUUUGCGAAACCUCGAAGUACUCAGUCAACAAAUCUAGAUGAAGAUGGAAAUUAUAAGCCAGUAGAUAUUUUCAAAGCAAAAGAUUAUUUUAAUGAAUAG